CCUUUCAAUAUUUUGAAGUUUAUUAUUAUUAUUUUCUUCAAUAAUUUAGUUUAGUUAAACUAGUUUUUGAAAAGAACUUUUUAGUCAUAUUCUCUUUUGGGUGAAUAGAACUGUUUCUCAAUAAUUAAUCAGUCUGCAAACACUGUAAUAAUAUUUUAAUGAAAAAAACUCGUUGAAAUCAUUUAAAAUAUUUACGUUGAAUUCCUGAAUUAAUUACAAUGGUUUGGCUAGAAUCAUGUUGGUCUCCAUUUAUCUGGACAAAUACUGUGAAAACUGGCAGCUUUGCUAUUGGAUUUUACACAUCAGCAAUGUCAAUAAUAUUGAUAACAAUGAUUAUAUAUUGCAUGACAGGAGGAGAUUCCACUCAGCUAUACUCUCCUUUAUUUGAAACCGAUGUUCGAGAUUCAAUGCAAUUUUGGGGAGCUAUUUUCAUCUCUUUCCUACUAAUGUUUAUUGUGUCAUCUUGUCUUAUUUAUUUUGCCAUUAAAAUUAAAACAAGAGGAUGGCUUCUUCCUUGGCUUGUUCAGAUGGGCAUCAUAAUAAUAUUUCAAUUUUUGUUUGGGAUAUGGCAGUUAUACGGCUAUUACAUUUACCUCGUUCAGACUCUCUACUGUCUUAUAAAUUGGCUAUGGAUGGGCUAUAAUAUUUAUUGUUGGAUGGUCGUCUAUUCGCAAUAUCAAAUUUUUGUAAUUGAACAGAAUCCCAAUAUCGAGCUACUUAUGCCUUAAAAAACAUAUAAACCUUUCGUAAAUAGUAUUGGACCAGAGAAUUUCAACCAUAGUGAAAAAGUAAAAUUACAUUAAAAUCGCACACAAGAUUCAAAUAAUUUGCACACAAAGUAGAAUAUUAGGUUUUUAUGAACUCAGCUGAUUUCCUUCGACACAAACUUUUUCAAGUGUGUGAAUCGUUUCUAUUGGAACUUGGCGAAUCUUUAAUGAAUCCAUUGAUAAAACUACCUGUUGGAUUGAUCCACGAUCUACGAUUAUACGACAAUGAGGUUUUCGAAUUGUUAACUCAAUCAUUUUAUUCAUUUGUACAUCGGUGACGUAUAAAGAAGCAGAAGCGUUAAAAAUAAUAAAUAUGAUCUGAAGAUUGAUUAAAAUUAUCUUAUUUUCUGUUUUCA